ACAGCUGUUUAUUCACAACUCAUACACAUGCUGGUCAGGCCAGCUCCUUCCCAGGGUUGGGGGGUGCACAGAUGACCGGCCUUUGUGCUGUGAACCUGUCCCGGGGCACAGGCUUCCAGGAAGCCCCUGAAGUUGAGGAAGAAGCCCUCCAGCUCUCGAACCCGCGCCUCCUGCCGCCCCAGGUGCCCGGCGUUUUCUUGUGGUGCCUCCACCUCCCCCUCCAGGUGGGACAACCUGUCCCCGAGCAGCCCCAGCUCAGCCAACAAGUCCUCUGUGCGUGGGGCCUGGGGCUCUCCUGGGACAUGGCCACGGGGGCCCUGCUCAGCGUCAGCCAUUCCAUUCAGCAGCUCUUUCAGCCUCUCCUGUCCGAAGGCAGGGCAUCCCUCUCUCCCUCUGGAGAGAACUCUCCUGAAGACCAAGACACCCCAGCACUGGAAGAGCCAGCUGAACCUGGUCUCAGGCCAGCGGUCUCCAGGCCACGGCCCAUCAGUACCUCAGCACUGAGACCCACCAGGGGGACCACACCCUGCAUGGCUCCAAGCACCAGCCACGAGACGCUGGCGUUUCUGAGCCUGUCUCCCAGGAACGCAGCCACCACCAAAGCCUGCAGAGACAGCCCCCUACCCGGCCCCCGCGGUGGAAGGCCGAGGCCCGCCGGGGCCAGGGGUCUCGGGUUGGUCCCCACUGGGUAGCAGCCCCUUCCAGCCAGCUCCCCUGGGCUGAACAAAGGCAUCGAGGCCACAGGCAGACAAGGACUCAGGUGUCAUCAUGGGAAAGCUC